CAGAGGGUCCAGGACAGAGGCAGACAGACCUGGCAUGAUGCUGUGGCUGCUGGUCCUGACUCUCCCCUGUCUGGGGGGCUCUGUACCUGUGACCUCAAAUCCCGGCCCAGGGACUGAGCUGGUGGGCAUCGUGGGUGGGCAUGAUGCUGCCGAUGGGGCGUGGCCGUGGCAGGUGGGCCUGUGGGUCAGGAAUCAACCAAAUGCUCAGUGGAUUUUCUGGUGUGGGGGCUCCCUCAUCCAUCCCCAGUGGGUGCUGACCGCUGCCCACUGCAUUCCAGGGAGAAACCCAGUGACUCAGAACUUGAAGGUCCAACUAGGACAAGUGAGACCCUCAAACAGUGACAGUGUGCAGGUGGCCAGGAUCAUCAGCCACCCCAAGUACAGCCUUAAAGAAGGAGCAAAAGGUGGGGCGGACGUGGCACUUCUCAAACUGGAGGCCCCCGUGCGACCAUCUAACCUCGUCAGGUGGAUCCGCCUCCCGCCAGCCUCCUCCGCAUUCCCCCCAGGCACACGGUGCUGGGUGACUGGCUGGGGCCGCAUUGCUUCUGGAGGUGAGAACCAGGUGUCGCUUGGGAGUGGGAGGAGGAGACUGAGGGCGAUGCAGGGGGCGGGCCGGGCUUUAGAGAGGAGGCUCAGCUGUGGUCUGAGGUGGGAUCCCUCUGGGGUCUCCCUUGGGUGUAGGAGGCAGACAGCUCGAGAGGAGUCUGUCAGGAGCAGAGACCAAAAUAGCAAGAGUGAGGCAUGGCCAUGGGCAUUUUUUUUUUUUUAAGUAUCACACAAGGAUAUUUCUUCCAUUGAUUUUUAGAGAGUGGAAAGGACAGGGAGAGAGAAACAUUGAUGUGAGGGACAUAUCUGUUAAAUAUCUUCCCGACUGGGGCUGGGGAUUGAACCUGCAACCCAGUUACUUGCCCUUGACCAAGAAUCACACCUGGGACCCUUGAGGCCAGUGCUCUCACCACUGGAAACACUGGCCAGGGUGCCAUGGGCAUUUCUCUCCCUCACUCUGCAACAGGCCCUGUGUCUCCCCUUCCGGGGUCCCCGUUCUCCCUGAGUCUCGAUAGUGGGAUGGAGAACGAGGAGGGAACUUCAGUGACGAGCUCCAGGAUUCACUAUUAAAUGGACAAAGUCAAAUGUGACAGCAGGCCGCUCACUCUGCAUUUC